GCCCGUGAAAAUCCUGCUUCCUUUGUCGGAGCUGAUAAAAGGCGUUACUUGGCAUCAAAAGAAAGUCGUCUUGGCCGCAGCUAGCCAAGCUUUAAAUCGCCCAUCCGGGUUCUCUCCGCAUCCACCUCGCCAGCAGCCGUUACUUGCCCACGUUGCUGGUUCGCAUGGCUUUCAGCGAAGAAAUGCAGUGCACACGAGCAUCAAAGGGCUGCGCUGCCAUCAGGGUCGUUCAAGCGAAAAGAAAAGGGACCCAAACACCCCAUGUUCCAAGAAACACUAAAUGCUUGGCUUGAACGCCAGGCUACCAUCCCGGCCUGUUAACCCCCGUGAUAUAAAGCAACGCUGCUUCGCUCUGGCACCGUAGCGUUUUGCCCAGAACAGUUGUGCUUUCCAUUUUUAGACAUCUAUCUUCUGCUUACUUGAGCCGUGCUCGCCAGCGUGAGACAUCCUACGAGCCCAAGGAUAGAGUUAGCCUUUUGGGAGUCAUCCGCGAAGCUUUUUGCGAGGAGCAAGGAUUUUAUUGUCCUGGCCGCACCACUUUCGGAUUCCAGUAUCAUUUUCAUCCUGCACCCUUUUUGCAAAGAAGAGCUCGCCUGAACUGCAAAAAUGAGGUACGCAGGCGUCGUCGCGCUUGCUCUCUUCGGCUUCACCGCCGCCAGCAAUAUCGCACCUCUACCGACGCCACCUCCCGUCAAGAGGGCUGAUGACACUGCCGUUACAGCCAUUACGGACUGCCAUGCCCAUGGAACUGACCUGGUCUGUAUGGGCGGUACAACCGAAUUUCUCGUCAAGACACCCCUUCCAACAGCUACCAGCGAAUAUCCAGCCAGUUUUACCGACUGCCACAACCAUGGUAAAGAUACGUACUGUAUCGAUGCCGCUGGUGAGGAUGUCGAAAUCAUCAACACCGCCGCAAAGGAGCAUGAGCACUGCCAUUUCCACGCUGGUGUCGAACACUGUGUUGGUGGCGAUGAAGAAGAAGAGCACGGGGGACCAGGAAGCGAACGCUGCAAGCUUAAGGAGCGAAACUACAACAUCCCGCUGAGAGUCGGUCUCCUCUUUGUUAUUCUCUUCACAUCGGCGUUGGGCGUGUUCAGCCCUAUUUUCCUCCAGAGAGCGCUACCAAAGCAAAUGCACGUCAUCUUGACUGUCCUCAAACAAUUUGGUACUGGUAUCAUCCUUUCGACGGCCUUUGUCCAUCUCUACACGCAUGCUUCGCUCAUGUUCACCAACCCAUGUUUGGGUGAACUUGGGUACGAGGGAACAACGUCGGCCAUUGUCAUGGCUGGUAUAUUCAUUUCUUUCGUCGUAGAGUAUAUUGGCCACCGCGUCGUCCUUAGCAAGACAAACGCUGCAGCCAAACUCGGUCCUGAAGAGCAAAGCGCUGCCUUCCUCCACGCAGAAAUUGUUAGCAUUUGGGUCAUGGAAAUUGGUAUCCUUUUCCACUCAUUGCUAAUUGGCUUGACGCUCGUCGUUGCUGGAGACAGCUUCUUUAUCACCCUAUUUGUUGUCAUCCUUUUCCACCAGAUUUUCGAAGGUAUUGCUCUCGGUACAAGAAUCGCUGCCAUUGGUACCAAGGAAUACAUUCAUGUGGCAAGUGAGGAUGAGACAGAUGCCGACAAGUCUCUAAGAACGGGCCACUCUGGAUCGGAGCAGAUUAUCACCAACGAUCCCGUGCCCAAGCAGAUCCCCGUUCGCACGCUGUCGCUUCUCAAGAAGUGCGGGCUCGCGUCGCUAUUUGCUUUUGUGACGCCACUUGGCAUGGCCAUUGGUAUUGGAGUUUUGUCCAAGUUCAACGGAAACGACAGGUCAACGAUCCUCGCUAUUGGUACGCUCGAUGCCCUGUCUGCUGGUAUCUUGGUCUGGGUCGGACUGGUUGAAAUGUUGGCAGCCGACUGGAUGGUAGGUGUCCAUGGUCAAAAGGCAGAACUUGCCAAUGCGGACUUGUUCACUGUCUGCUUGGCUGGCUUUGGCCUACUGAGUGGUAUGGUGGCCAUGAGCGUACUGGGCAAGUGGGCUUAAGCGAUAGGGGUUCUUUUUAGGAAUAGAUUGCAAUGAUGAAUAUACCAAGUUUCCC